AUGGACCUCCACAACCACCACCACCCGCGUAUUAACCCACAUUUCAUAAAAGAUGAAGGAUCGGGACUAUCUGCGAUUCCGGUUCCAUUGGGUAUGCCGAUGCAAUACGAGAAUAUAAAGCACGAAAACAUCAAAACGGAGGAAAUUUAUUCUGCGGUAAAUGCUGAAAACACGUGUCCUAUUCUCAAUCCUGCUGUAACACCAAGUUCAAUAGUGAAACACAAAGAAACCGUCGAAACAAGAACACCGAAUGUUAAAACCGAACGUAAUAUCGAAGACCUUGGCUACUGGUGUGAUACGCCACCAAAAAGGAUGAAAAAGACCGAUUAUUCAUCAGCAGAACAGGCUGAAAGGAUGGAACUGCGAAAGAAACGAAAUCGUGAAGCUGCGGCAAAAUGUCGACAACGAAAGGAGCAAAGGAGACAAGAAUUGGAGGAACAAGUUGCAAGACUGGAAACUGAAUUGAAUGAACGUACGGACGAAGUUGACGGACUAAAACAACAAGUCGAUCAUUUACAGACACUUUUGUGCCUGCAUGCACCUACUUGCAAAAUCAAAGUUGAAGGUGAAUAA